AUGGCUUCGGCACUGACCGGUGAUGACUUGAUGAGGACGAUGAGUCGGAGUAUGAGCCGGAACAUGAGCCGGAAAGGUAGCUUGGCUUCCGGAAGCAAGAAGGGGUGGGGUACGGCUAGUAUUCGAGAAGCAUUCAUGACACCUGGCGAUGAUGUUUUCCAGAAAAGCGGGAGAGAAGACGAUGAGGACGAACUCAUGUGGGCCGCCAUCGAGCGGCUCCCGACUUACGAUCGGUUAAGAAUGGGAUUCUUGACUCAAGUUUUGGAAGAUGGGAAGGUCGUUCGUGAACAAAUUGAUGUCACGAAUCUUGGACCGGAGGAGAGACAGAAUCUAAUGAAGAAUAUACAACAAACGAUCGAUAAUGAUAACGAACGGCUUCUAGAACGGCUUAGAGAUCGUAUCGAUAGGGUCGGAAUCGAUAUUCCGAAGAUCGAGAUCAGAUACGAGAAUUUGUCGAUCGAAGGGGAUGCAUUUGUUGGGAGUAGAGCCCUUCCAACCUUGCUCAAUUCUACUAUCAAUUCGAUGGAGAACGUUCUUGGUUUCUUCAGGCUGUUUCCAUCGAAGAAAAGGGUCGUUAAGAUCCUUCAUGAAGUAUCCGGAAUUGUGACACCCUCUAGAAUGACUCUACUCCUGGGACCUCCGGGCUCGGGAAAGACCACAUUGUUGAAAGCACUAGCAGGAAAGCUCGAAACGGAUCUGAGAGUAACGGGAAAAGUGUCGUAUUGCGGCCAUGAAAUGGAUGAAUUCGUUCCUCAAAGAACUUGUGCUUAUAUUAGUCAACACGAUCUACACCACGGAGAAAUGACCGUUAGAGAGACCAUGGAUUUCUCGGGACGUUGCUUAGGAGUCGGGGCACGGUACGAGAUGUUGGCGGAAUUGUCGAGACGAGAAAAAGCCGAAGGAAUCAAACCGGAUGCCGAACUUGAUGCAUUCAUGAAAGCGAUAUCGGUUUCUGGACAAGAAUCUAGUUUGGUCACCGAGUAUGUCCUUCGGCUGCUCGGGUUGGAUAUUUGCUCGGACACAAUGGUGGGAGACGAGAUGCGGAGGGGUAUCUCCGGUGGCCAGAAAAAACGUGUGACCACCGGAGAAAUGCUGGUCGGACCCGCGAAGGUUUUUCUGAUGGACGAGAUCUCGACCGGUCUAGAUAGUUCCACAACCUUCCAAAUCAUAAAGUACAUGAGACAAAUGGUUCACAUCAUGGACAUAACCAUGAUAAUUUCCCUCCUUCAACCGGCACCGGAAACGUUCGAACUCUUUGACGACAUAAUCCUGCUUGCCGAAGGUCAAGUCGUCUACCAAGGCCCGAGAAACAACGUUCUCGAGUUCUUCGAGCACGUUGGGUUCAAAUGCCCCGAGAGAAAAGGAGUUGCGGACUUUCUACAAGAAGUCACCUCGAGAAAAGAUCAAGAACAGUACUGGUUCAACAAAAGUAUCGCUUACCGAUAUGUUUCUGUAGAUGAUUUCGUUCAUUUUUUCCGCAACUUUCACAUCGGUUUCAAGAUUACGGCCGUGCUUCAUGUUCCUUACGACAAAUCUAGCGCCCAUCCGGCCGCUCUAGUGACCCAUAAGUACGGUAUCUCGAAUAAAGAUCUCUUUAAGGCAUGUUUAUCGAGAGAAUGGCUUCUAAUGAAGAGAAAUGCGUUCGUCUACAUUUUCAAGACGACCCAAAUCACGAUCAUGGCGUUAUUCACAUUGACCGUUUUCUUUAGAACGACGAUGAAGUACGGUGAUCUAGAUGAUGGUGGAAAGUAUUACGGCGCGUUGUUUUUCAGUCUAAUUAACGUUAUGUUUAACGGGAUGGCCGAGCUUGCUUUGACAAUUUUUCGGCUACCCGUGUUCUAUAAACAACGGGACUCGUUAUUUUAUCCGGCUUGGGCUUUCGCCCUUCCGAUUUGGCUUCUGAGACUUCCGCUUUCACUUCUAGAAUCCGGAAUCUGGAUUCUACUCACUUAUUACACCAUCGGGUUUGCUCCGUCCGCUAGUAGUUUUUUCCGACAACUCUUGGCGUACUUGGGUAUACAUCAGAUGGCUUUAGGUCUAUUCCGUUUCAUCGCUGCACUAGGAAGAACACAGGUCGUGGCCAACACUCUCGGCACGUUCACGUUGUUGUUGGUUUUCGUUCUCGGUGGAUUCAUCAUCGCGAAAGAUGAUCUUCAUCCAUGGAUGAGAUGGGCAUAUUACCUCUCUCCGAUGUCGUAUGGACAAAACGCUAUCGUUCUUGUUGAGUUUCUCGACAAACGGUGGGGCGCGGAAAAUUUUGACACAUUGUAUCGAGAAUCGACUGUCGGAAAAGAACUUCUGAAGGCUAGAGGAAUGUUUACCGAAGGCCAUUGGUACUGGAUUUGCGUUCUCGCACUCUUCGGGUUCUCUCUCGUCUUCAAUAUCUGCUUCGUGUUAGCGCUUACGUUUCUAACCCCCAUGGUGGAUUCGAAAUCUGUUGUAGACGAAAAUGAUGGCAAGAAGAAGAAGAAGAAGUCCGUAUCUAUGUCGACUGAAUCUGAACCAAACGAAAUAAGCAAAAAGGGAAUGGUGUUGCCCUUCAAGCCGUUGUCUCUUGCGUUCGAUCACGUGAACUACUAUGUCGAUAUGCCUGCGGAAAUGAAAAGGCAAGGCGUAGAGGAGAACCGACUGCAGCUUUUACGAGAUGUGAGCGGUGCAUUCCGACCAGGAAUCCUAACGGCGUUAGUCGGGGUAAGCGGUGCCGGAAAAACGACGUUGAUGGAUGUGUUGGCCGGACGAAAGACCGGAGGCUAUAUUGAAGGAAAUAUUAGUAUUUCCGGUUACGAAAAGAACCAAGAAACUUUCGCUCGUGUUAGCGGUUAUUGUGAACAAAACGACAUACAUUCUCCUCACGUCACAAUUUACGAAUCCCUCUUGUAUUCUGCGUGGCUUCGAUUGGCUUCAGAUGUCGAUGAGGCAACCCGAAAGAUGUUUGUGGAGGAAGUGAUGGAACUUGUAGAGUUAGGUCCGUUGAGACAUGCGCUAGUGGGACUUCCGGGAGUCGACGGUUUAUCGACUGAACAACGAAAGCGACUCACGAUAGCCGUCGAGCUCGUGGCAAACCCUUCGAUCAUAUUCAUGGACGAACCAACCUCCGGUCUAGACGCGAGAGCUGCCGCCAUCGUGAUGAGAGCGGUCAGGAACACGGUGGACACCGGCCGAACUGUAGUCUGCACUAUUCACCAACCGAGCAUCGACAUUUUCGAAGCUUUCGAUGAGCUGUUCUUGAUGAAGAGAGGAGGGCAAGUGAUAUAUGCUGGACCUCUCGGGCGUUUUUCGCACCUUCUCGUCGAGUAUUUCGAAACUAUUGAUGGCGUUUCCAAGAUCAAAGAAGGUUACAAUCCAGCAACAUGGAUGUUAGAUGUUAGUUCUACCGCAGUCGAAGCUCAAAUCGGAGUCGAUUUUGCAGAACUUUUCGCGAAUUCGGACCUUUAUCGGAGAAACGAAAAGCUUAUCAAAGAGUUGAGCACACCGCCACCAGAUUCGCACGAUCUUCACUUUGCUACGCGGUUUUCGCAACCGUCAUUCGAACAGUUCAAAGCGUGUUUCUGGAAACAACAUUGGUCGUAUUGGCGAAACCCUCAGUACAACGUUGUUCGAUUCUUCAUGACGACGGUUAUCGGUCUUAUCUUCGGGAUCAUCUUCUGGGACAAAGGAAACAAAAUGACCAAACAACAAGAUUUGUCAAAUCUGAUGGGAGCCAUGUACGCUGCGGUUUUGUUCCUCGGAGGAACAAACACGUCUGCCGUUCAAUCGGUUGUAGCGAUUGAACGGACGGUUUUCUAUCGAGAAAAAGCUGCCGGAAUGUAUUCAGCUCUGCCUUACGCUUUCGCUCAAGUUCUAGUGGAAACCAUAUACGUCGGGAUCCAAACGUUUCUUUACAGUCUUUUGCUUUACUCGAUGAUCGGAUUCGAGUUGCAGUUGGGCAAGUUCUUAUGGUUCUAUUAUUACGUGUUCAUGUGCUUCGUUUACUUCACGUUAUACGGGAUGAUGCUUGUUGCUCUCACCCCGAGUUACCAGAUCGCGGCCAUCGUCAUGUCGUUUUUCCUCAGCUUCUGGAACUUGUUUUCCGGCUUUCUCAUCCCAAGAGAGCAAAUUCCGAUUUGGUGGAGAUGGUACUACUGGGGUUCACCCGUUGCAUGGACGAUCUACGGGCUUAUAACGUCUCAAGUUGGCGACAAAACAACCCUCGUUCAUGUGCCUAAACACGGAAACAUCGAGGUUAAGGUUUACCUUAAAGAAUUCCUAGGAUAUGAACACGAUUUCCUCCCAUACGUAGCCCUUGCUCAUGUUGGUUGGGUUCUACUGUUCUUUGCCGUCUUCGUAUACGGCAUCAAGGCGUUGAAUUUCCAAAGACGCUGA